AUGGCAGCUGCAUCGGAGGGAAUCGAUGGUGUCUACUCGGUGCGCCUGGUCAUCGCGGACUUCUACAUGGAGAAGCCGCAGUUCGGCUUGGAUCCCUGCUACUCCGAGCUGCGCGGCAAGGAGAUCAAGCGGGUUCCAGUGAUUAGGGUUUUCGGUGGCAACUCCAGUGGCCAGAAGACCUGCAUGCAUGUGCACGGCGUGUUCCCCUACUUCUACAUUCCGUACGACAAGAAGGACUUUGAGUCCCUGGAGCGCGGGAUUCUGCAGAUAGCGAUGCACCUGGACAAGGCCAUCAAUAUAUCCCUGGGCCAGGGCAGCUCCAGUGCCCAGCAUGUGUUCAAAGUCCAACUGGUCAAGGGCAUACCCUUCUAUGGCUACCAUCGCGUGGAGCACCAGUUCCUGAAGAUCUACAUGUUCAAUCCCCGCUUCGUACGCCGCGCCGCCAAUCUCCUCCAGAGCGGCGCCAUUCUGAGCAAGAAUUUCAGCCCGCACGAGUCGCAUGUGCCAUACAUCCUGCAGUUCAUGAUCGAUUACAAUCUGUACGGGAUGAGCUACGUGCAUGUGCCGCUGGAGGUGCUCAAGUUCCGGCGCAGCCACGAGGAUGAAGUGAUACCCUAUGCAAAUGUCAAGCCCGCCCAGCUGCUCGACACCAUAAGCGUGAAGAAGGUGGCCUGCAGUGCCUUGGAGGUGGAUGUCAGCUCCAAUUUCAUAUUGAAUCGCUUCCAGCUGGUGGCCAAGAGCAAAGGCAGUCACACGAAUCCGGGCAUCGAGGCGAUCUGGAACGAUGAGAACCUGCGCCGCCAGAAACUAGUCGAAAAACACACUGCCGCUGGCGAUGAGGAGAAAGUCCAAGCGGUGCCGGUUUUGCAAUUGCCGCCAACGCAAGAGCGCCACCAAGUAGAAGUCGCCGAGAGCGAUGUUUUCUACCGCACCGCUCUGGAAAGCAAGCUCAUGACACUGGAGCAGUCCACAAUCUCCGAGCAGACGCUGUCGGAUCAGACAACCCUGGCCAAUGCCACCAUGCAGACCACUCUUCCAGGCAGCAGGGAGCAGAGGCGCACAUUUAACUUGCAAAAACUUCUGGCCAACGCCGUUUAUCCUGAGGAAUGCUCACAGGAUCAGCAGCAGCUUCUGGUUAACGCUUCCUUCAUACAAAACCAUGUAACCUGCGGUAAUGGCAACAAUGUCAGCCUAUCAACCCCAAAAAAUGAGUCUGAUUACAUGGACGACACACUGGUGGACGAGGAGCUUAUCCUGAGUCUCACCCAGCCACAUGGAGCGAUGCCUCACGAUGCCACCUUGAGGGAGGAGGACUUGGAACUUUUGGACGCUUUGCAGGAGCUGGAGGAGCAGAAUGAUAAUGAAUCUCAUGUGGACCUGGACAGCUCAUUGGCUCCUUUGUCGCAGCACAAAAACUAUGAUCUGACGCCUGAGCUAUUAGACAAGGAGACAGCAGCCGCUGCUGUAGGCUCGCAUGCUCUUUUCGACGCGGAUUGUGACUCCGACGAGGAUGCGGACCAGGAAACCCGCCACGACUACUCCACCGUCCUUGACGAUGUCGAUGAGCUGUUACUUAAGCUAACUCAAAGCCAGCCGGAUCCCGCCAAAUACGAAAAAUUGGAAGCAUUAACUAAACUGCCGCAAGUCGAUGGCGCUGAUGAUGGCUUACCGCUGACUCCGAAAAAAGUGUCCAGCUCCAAGCCAAAGGCGAGUCCUCCGAGGGCACCCACCACUCCAAAAAGCCAGACAAACCUCACAAAAUCGCCCCGCACUCCAAAAACCAGUGCGGCCAAGAAAUAUGCCCCACUGGCGUUGACUAUUGGAAGCGGUUCAUCAAAUAAGAACAAUGAAGAAAGCACACGAAGAGCUCUAAAUCCCCGUCUCAGUUUGCAGCUUGAUCGAGAAACAGGAACUCCGGGAAUACCUCGGCCAGAAAUCUCGCUUCGAAAGAAACUGGCUAUGACGGAAUUACGACGUAAGAGUGUUGAGGAAUCAAACAGUUUCGUUCAAUUGAAAAACGAUUGUACUCCUCUACGGAGUACCAGGCGAUCAACUCGCAAUUUGGACAAAACACACGUUAUUUGCUCACUGACUCCGCGGGAUAGGAAUCCCAGCUUUUCCGACAUGUUCGAAACAGCAGAUGGCGAGGAAAUACCGCUAGAGAAAGAGAUAAAGAAGCCACGAAGGAGUACUCGACAUCAAGAAAAGGAUACGCAAGGCAUGGAUGAAUGUAAAGAAGCAAAAUCAAGCAAGGAAAAACCACGCAAGUCAGAGAGCAGUGUUUUGGAUAACUUGAAACCGCGAAGUGCCCGUCAUCAGGAAAAUUCUAAAAAUCCCGAGGAGUUAUUUAGUGAAACAGAAAUAGCAAAGCCCCGAGCCAGCACUUCUAGUCGGAGUAAAAUUCUGAAGAAACCCAGACUUGAAAGUAACCCUGCAUCAGAAAGUCCCGUAAAAAGUAUAGAAACAAAUACGAAUAAAACUGUUGAAACCACACAAGAGCAGAAGAUUACCAAGGCAAAAACUAAAGAUCCUAAAACAGGAUCUAAAAUUAAUGAAAAUUAUAUUAAUAAUUCCAGUUCAACGGAGUGUUCCGUUUCAAAGCCAGAAACUCCAGAAAAGAAUGCUGAAAAUCUUCAAAAUGAAUUAAUCCCGAAAGAACCAGCUGCUAUAUCUCCGGGAAACCCAGCAAGUCCUAGUGAAAGAAACCAUUUUGCUGCAAGCGAAGAUGAGGCCAUUGUUUCAGACACCGAAAGUGAUAAUAUGGUGACCAAACUGCGUAAAACACCCAACUUGAGGCGCUUGCGAAGAAGCUUUCGAUCGGAGUUACUAACUAAGCAGCUAACUCCCAGUUCUAGCAAAGCACCAGCUGAGGUUCAGACCACUCCCCAGUUGAGUCCCAAAAGCAAUGAAAGCCGCACACCAGAGCUAAUGAGAAGUUUCUACGAUAACUCGCUGAUUGUGAACAGUCCGUCAGUUUUUAGUGACCUGCUAGAUAGUCCCCUGACCACCCCGGAUUCUCCUCAGCCUGUUCCUGCCAGUACCAAUCCCAACUCCUUUGUGAUUACUCCGUUGGAACUUCCUCCAUCCUACGAUGAAGUGGUCCGCGGUUGCCGCAAGAUGGACAUACCCGAAUACGAGUUCCAGAAGCCUUUCUAUAGCAAUCCCUCAGAUGUGAGCAAGGUCACGGAGGUGGGCUUCCUGGUGCUUCACAUACCGGGGAACAAGCUCAAUGACUGUGAGCCCUUCCAGAGCGUCUUGGGCAACGAUCGUGGGUUGGCAUCCUGGCGGCGUCAGCGACUGGUGGCCAUCGGUGGCCCAGCCAUGUUGCAGCGACAUAGGGGUGAACAAGGCAUGCGGGAGUACUUUAGCAGCAAGCAAAGGGUAGCAAUCGAACCAGCACAGCUUGCACCUACCUGGCAAGAUGCCAAGAUCUGGCUAAAGGCCAAGGAACUGCUCCGCCAGCGCAAGGAACCUAUGAAAUCUGGCGAUGACAUAGACAGCCCCAUCAAGAUCAAACGCCAGAAGAUCACCAUGAUGCUGCAGGCUGAGGAAGGCGGCGGUGCGAGUGGCGAUGAAGAUGGCGGUGAGGAUUUGGAGUGCAGCCUAAGCCUCACACCCUUGUCACAGGCCAAGGCAACCCCAAUUAGUAGCAAAGCUAAAGAGUCGGCAAGGAACCUCCUUAAGCGGGGAACCAAGUUGAACUUUAAGGAUGUCGAGGGUGAGGAACAAGCCAGCUCGCAAUCCAGCGAACAGAGCGUCUCCAGUAGCGCUGCCCAAGCCGUGCUCGAUCGGAGUUCUUUUCUACGUCAACUAGAAGCCAGUAGCCAGCAGAACCAGCACGAUCUCAGCUUCGGACUCAGUCACGCCACAUUGGACAAUACGUUCGGGUUUAAGGUUAAUUUGGAGAACCUGCAGCAGGCCAAGGCGGACAUCGAUUGCAACCACCUGACCAUUAUAACUUUAGAGGUAUUUGUGUCCACACGCGGUGACCUUCAGCCAGAUCCGAUGCACGACGAGAUUCGCUGUCUGUUUUACGCCAUCGAGCACAGUUUGCCGGAUGAAAAUCUUCCUAGCAAAGCCUGCGGCUAUAUUAUGGUCAAUAACACGCAGGAUUUGCUAAGUGAAGGCUUUAUUCAUGGUCUAGAUCGGGAUAUUGAAGUGAAAGUGGUGGCGAGUGAGGCGGAGGCGUUUGAGGCAUUGCUAGCCUUGUGUGGACGUUGGGAUGCGGACAUUUAUGCCGGCUAUGAGAUCGAGAUGUCCUCCUGGGGCUUCGUUAUCGAUCGGGCUAAACACCUGUGCUUUAACAUCGCUCCCCUGCUGUCCCGAGUGCCAACGCAGAAAGUGCGGGACUUUGUGGACGAGGAUCGGGAGCAGUUCACCGACCUGGAUGUGGAAAUGAAGCUGUGCGGCCGAAUUCUGCUCGACGUGUGGCGUCUCAUGCGCUCUGAGAUCGCCUUGACGUCGUACACCUUCGAGAACGUGAUGUACCACAUCCUGCAUAAGAGAUGUCCUUGGCACUCUGCCAAGUCGCUCAGCGAAUGGUUUGCCUCGCCCUGCACACGCUGGAUAGUAAUGGAGUAUUACUUAGAGCGGGUCCGCGGCACCUUAGCCCUGCUGGAUCAAUUGGACUUGCUGGGCCGGACCAGCGAAAUGGCCAAGCUCAUUGGCAUCCAGUUCUACGAAGUGUUGUCGCGCGGCUCCCAGUUUCGCGUGGAGAGCAUGAUGCUGAGAAUCGCCAAGCCAAAGAACCUGGUGCCCCUCUCGCCCAGCGUCCAGGCUCGGGCUCAUAUGCGGGCGCCCGAGUACCUGGCGCUCAUCAUGGAGCCGCAGUCGCGCUUCUAUGCCGAUCCCCUGAUCGUGCUCGACUUUCAGAGCUUGUACCCCAGCAUGAUCAUUGCCUACAACUACUGCUUCUCCACAUGCCUGGGCAGAGUGGAGCACCUGGGAGGUAGUUCGACCUUUGAGUUCGGAGCCUCGCAGCUGCGCGUCUCCCGCCAGAUGCUGCAGAAGCUGCUGGAGCACGACCUGGUCACAGUUUCGCCCUGCGGCGUGGUCUUUGUGAAGCGUGAGGUGCGCGAGGGCAUCCUGCCGCGCAUGCUUACCGAGAUCCUGGAUACGCGCCAAAUGGUCAAGCAGUCGAUGAAGCUGCACAAGGAUAGCUCCGCCCUCCAACGGAUUCUUCACUCCAGACAGUUGGGCCUCAAGCUGAUGGCCAACGUCACCUACGGCUACACUGCGGCCAACUUUAGUGGCCGGAUGCCGGCGGUGGAAGUGGGUGACUCGGUUGUGUCCAAGGGCAGGGAAACUCUGGAACGGGCCAUUAAGCUGGUGGAGGCCAAUGACGAGUGGAAGGUGCGUGUCGUCUACGGCGAUACGGACUCUAUGUUCGUUCUCGUCCCGGGCAGAAACCGAGCUGAAGCCUUUCGGAUCGGGGAGGAGAUUGCUCAGGCCGUCACCGAGAUGAAUCCGCAGCCAGUGAAGCUGAAGCUGGAGAAGGUCUACCAGCCCUGCCUGCUGCAGACGAAGAAGCGCUACGUGGGCUACAUGUACGAGACUGCCGAUCAGGCGCAGCCCGUUUACGAGGCCAAGGGAAUUGAGACGGUGCGGCGCGAUGGCUGUCCUGCGGUGGCCAAGAUGCUGGAAAAGGUUCUGCGACUCUUGUUCGAGACGCAAGACGUCAGCAAGAUAAAGGAGUACGUGUGUCGGCAGUUCACGAAGCUGCUGUCGGGCAGGGCCAAUUUGCAGGACCUGAUUUUCGCCAAAGAAUUCAGGGGUCUUAACGGCUACAAACCCACGGCCUGUGUGCCAGCACUGGCACUCACACGAAAAUGGAUGCAGAAGGAUCCACGUCAUGUGCCCCGUCGCGGUGAGCGCGUGCCCUUUAUCAUAGUCAACGGGCCGCCGGGCAUGCAGCUCAUCCGCCUGGUACGCAGCCCACACGACAUCCUGGCCAACGAGGGUCACAAGAUCAACGCCAUCUACUACAUCACCAAGGCGAUUAUUCCGCCGCUAAAUCGCUGCCUGCUGCUCAUCGGAGCAAAUGUCCACGACUGGUUUGCCAGCCUGCCAAGGAAGUUGCUCAUGACGCCAGCCGUGGGAACCGCCAACGAGUUGGCCGGUGCCCGAGGCGCCAAGUCCACCAUCUCCCAGUAUUUUUCCACGACCAGCUGUGUGAUUGACUGUGGUCGCCAAACCAAGGCAGGCAUCUGCCAAGAUUGCCUGAAGAACGCCUCCAAAUGUGUAGUUGUGCUCGCAGACAAGACAGCGCGUUUGGAGAGGGGCUACCAGCUAACACGGCAGAUCUGCCAGGCCUGCUGCGGACGACUGGGUAGCCUCCAGUGCGAUUCUCUCGACUGCCCAGUACUCUAUGUCCUGGAGGGAAAGCGGCGUGAGCUCCAGCAAAUCGAACACUUUCACAAGCUGUUGGCAGACCACUUCUAAAGCCAGUACACAGAAUUUCUCUUUCAUAUUUGUAUAU